GUUCUCCCCCCCGCCCGGCUCGGGCGCGCAGGCGCGGUGGGGCCCGGGGGUUGCAGCAGCUCCAGCGCGGCGGCGGUUCGGGCUUCGGGGCUCGCGGGCUCGGGGAGAGGCGAUGGCCGACGACCUGGACUUCGAGACGGGGGACGCGGGGGCCUCGGCCACGUUCCCCAUGCAGUGCUCGGCCCUGCGUAAAAACGGCUUCGUGGUGCUCAAGGGUCGCCCCUGCAAGAUCGUGGAGAUGAGCACCUCCAAAACUGGCAAACACGGGCACGCCAAGGUGCACCUGGUGGGCAUCGACAUCUUCACGGGCAAGAAGUACGAGGACAUCUGUCCAUCAACCCACAACAUGGACGUACCCAACAUCAAACGGAACGACUUCCAGCUCAUCGGGAUCCAGGACGGGUACCUGUCGCUGCUCCAGGACAGCGGGGAGGUGCGGGAGGACCUGAGGCUGCCAGAGGGAGAACUGGGCCGGGAGAUCGAGCAGAAAUACGACUGUGGAGAGGAGAUCCUGAUCACGGUGCUGUCGGCGAUGACCGAGGAAGCCGCUGUCGCGAUCAAAGCCAUGGCCAAAUAGGGCAGGCCGGCACCGCCGGGGUCGGGCCGGGCCCCUCCCCCCCUCCCCCAACUGCAGCCGCGGGGGGAGGGGGGGUGUGAGGGUGGGGGAGGGGCGAGGUGGGGGAGGGGCUCAAGCUCUGGGGGAGGGGGGGGGAGCAGGAGGGGUUCCCCCCCCAAAAAAAACCCAAACCUUCCCCCAAAAUCCCCUCCCCCAACCCCGCUGUGGGGGAGGGGCACCCCUGUAAAGGAUGGGGGGAGGGGCGGCCCCAGGCCCCGCCCCCCUCAUUGCUCCUCCCCCUUUCCCACCCUUCCCCCACCCACCGCCUCCCCAGCCCCUCCCCCCCUCGUUGGGGCCUCGCCGGAUCGGAAAUGAAUAAAUAAAUAAAUAAAUAAA